UUUCUCCCUUUUAAAAACACGCCGCCGCCUUGCAGACAUGUCGCCCACGGACAGCUUCGCGUCUUUCCCCGCUCAAGUGUGGGAGAAGGUGCUGUCGAAGGUGAAGAAGGCGGUGGUGUUUAUGGACGAGCCGUGCUCGGAGAGUCUGCACUGGAGCGCAGGCGGCGCCGCGCGGCUCUUCGGGGCAGGAGCCCGCAACGUCAAGCGCUUCUCCAGCUUCGAGGCCGGCGCGGAUGACGAGCCCAAAGCGGUGUUCGUGGUCAGCACGCUGCUGAAGGGGAGAACGGCGGAUGUUAUUAAAGACAUAAUCUCCCUCAGCCGCUUCCAGUACUGCGUGGUGUUCACGGCCGUACCUCACUCGCUCCACCUCGCCUCCGGCUCCAGCAGCAGCAGCAGCGCUGAGUCCGAGGGAAGCCCCGUGUUCGCGCGCUUCGAGGAGAAGCUCUGCGAGUGGAUGGGCGACAUGAACUACACGGCCGAGGUGGCUUACGCCCCGGUCGCUUUCGCCCGCCUUUCGCCUCAGCUCCUGCUCGCGCCGGCCUUCGCCGACCUCUUCCCGCUGCUGGAGAGCGACCUCCAGUCUGUGAACGAGAAGAGGCCCGAGAAAAGGCGGUUUUUGAGCGUGGCGGACGUGGACGCGGCCGCCCUGCCCGUCGAGCUGCAGGUUAAAAUGAAGGCGUUCGCCUCGGCGCUCGAUGCUCUGCUCGAGUUCAGCAGUGUGCGAGAAGAGAGCUUCGCCGUGGGGCCACUGAGCCGCCUGCUCGCGGCUGAGCUGGCCAGUCACCCGCAGGCGAAAAACAGAAGGAAGACUGCGCAAAAUAAAGCGUCGGUGGUCUUCAUCGACAGAACUCUGGAUCUGACAGGGGCUGUGGGUCACCAUGGGGACAACUUGGUGGAGAAGAUACUGUCUGUGUUGCCUCCCUUGCCAGGUCAUGUGACUGAUGUUCAGGUGGAUAUGUGGGAGCUCACACACUUGCGACGCACGUCUGAGGUGCAGGGUGUCUUGGCGCCUGGAUGCCUGGCUCAGAACCAGUCGGCGACAGCACGGUUGCUAUGGGAGGCUAUGCUGGUUGCUAAGCAAAAGGAGGCAGUGAUGGAGGUGAGGAGGCAACUGGUGGAGGCGGCCAGCAAAGAGAAUCUGCCAAUCAAAAUGAGCCUGGGGCGUGUGACGGCAGAGCAGCUCUCCUCGUACGUGCAGCUGUUUCGGGGCAGUUGGGGUGCGGUGGAGAGUCACUGUGGGGUGCUGCAGCUGGGGUUGGCCACCGCUCAUACGCUCCGCCACCCAGCCCUCACACACUGGGACGCCUGCCUAGCCUUCGAGAGGCUCCUGCUGCAGGCACUGGGAGACUCUGGACUGCCAGAUGUUCUGAAGCAACUCCUCCACCUGGUUAAGUCCAGUGGUUCUGACACUGGUGUGGAUCCUGGUUCUGGUGAUUUGAGUGUGGAUGAGCUGCUGGUGCUGCUUGUGUAUGUAUACUCUCUGGCCCAGGAGACCAAGAGCCGGUCCCAUGAUGAAGAUCAGGUGGAGAAGUUGGAGGCAGAGCUCGUUGGAGCACUGACACUCCUACUGACACAGCAGACCACAUUGAGCCCUCUUCUGCGGGAUAUUACAGGAGUGUCCAGUCUAGAGGAGCUGACGAUGGAGCGUGCACACACAGCGUUGGAGCAUGUGUUUGAGAUAUUGAGGGGGAUAGGCCACGCUCGGGAUCACUUGAAGCAGCUCCACUCAGUAUACAGUGCUGGAGAUGGUGUUCACCAGGCCACAUAUCGUCCAUUCCUGAAGCAGGUCCUAGAAGAGAUCUUCAACCCGAACCGGCCUGAGUGCCCUGACAUAGAACACACUUCAGGAGGACUGACUGAUCUGCUAAAGACCGGCUUCAGCAUGUUUAUGAAGGUCAAUCGGCCCCACCCGAGUGAUCACCCUUUACUGUUUCUUGUCCUGGUGGGCGGAGUCACCCCUUCAGAGCUCCGCCUCGUUCGUGAGGUUGUCUCCUCCCAUAAAGCGGGGACACAGGUUUUGGUGGUCUCUACCAGGCUGCUGAGGCCAGCCGACGUUCCACACCUGCUUUUCAACACCAACAGACUCUCACCUGAUAUAGGAGUGUGAGAAGAUGAUGAAGACCACAUACACUCAAUCUCUGAAAUAUGCAAUCAGUAAAAUGUACACAUUAAAAGCACAGAGGCAAUUAUUUCUUUAAAAGUUCCCACCACACAAAAACAGGGACGUUCUAGGGACAUUCAUUAAAUUUGCUUUUCUCUCCGUUGAAAGCCAUGUCUUAAUGUACUAAAACAAAGACCUAUGAGCACCAAGUUCUUUCUGCAUUAUGGGUUAAUUCUUUUGGCAUUAGGCAGUGUUUGAGUCUGAGGGAAAUUUGGUGUGCCGAGGUUUUUGUUGUAGCACAUUAGGCCAUAUUACUUUUUCACAUUAAGCAUUUAAAAGUGAUUCAUACAAAGACCUGAACAUCUCACUACAAACACACUCCAAGCACUGUGGAGCACAAAGUGCCGAACAGGGUGGAUUAGGUAGAUCUUGAUUUGGUUACAGGUGUUUUCAGUUCUGUGGUCCAACUGGGGACGAGCUGGUGGCUGUGGGCAAACAGUGAACGUGAAAAAUAAGAAGAAACUGUAAAUAUGUAUUUUGUUGUAAGUGACCAAAAACCCUAAAAGAAGGCUGAGUGUUAGUGUUAUAGCAGAUAUGUAACUUAACUGGUUUAAAUAAAUUUAAGACCAGUGUUCCCA